GAAACUUUAUCCGUUGAUGACCUCGCAAGAAUAUUCGUCUUUAUUCACGCUACUGCGAUAUACACACGACGCAGGAAGGUCGAUCUUCCGACCAACUUUAAAUCAUGAAACGACUUAUUCUAACGCUGAUUUGUAUCGCAACUACUAUUUCAAUCGUGACUGGUCUCAAGUGCUAUGACUGUGAAAGUAGCAUAUCGUAUGCUGAUUGCGAUAGUAAGCGUCAAGAACUAACAUGUGAUGCCUCGAAAGGUCAAGAUAGAUGCAUUAAGGUCGAUGUGAGCUUCACGCUUCACAGCCAAGAUAACAAAAAUUUCAAAAGGGGCUGUGUUAAGAAAGAAGAAUGCUCCGAAAGCGUCAAUCCCAUGUGCAAAACAGCUGCCUAUGGAACAAGUAAAGAUUGCAACCCCCUCUGCUGCAGUACUGACCUAUGUAAUGCGGGCUCAAAUUUGGAGGUCAGCGUUGUCAUUCUAGUGUCAUGCGUCUUGGGAAUUUUAACUUUAUUCUAAUGGCAUUCUGGAUCGUAGAGCCCGCGUUUUUUUGGGUUUCAAUCAAGAAAUGAGGCGGCGAAUCCUAGGACCAAAACCAUGCAACUCUUUCCUGUCACGAUCUUGUUUAUCUACUUUUGGCGGGUUUACAUUUUGAUCACGAAGACACUCGUUCUUAACCAAUCUUCCUUUUGCCUUAUUUGGUGAUUAUCCAGAAUUCUUUUCGAUCUUAGCCUCAUCAAUUUCAACAAGACAAUCAUUCUGUAGUUUAAAAAGUCGAAAAUAAUUGUUUUUUUGUUAGUUUUUUUAUAUGGACGGCAGCCUUUACUGUAUUGUUAGAGUAAUACUAUACUCAUUAUCCUUCUUUCUACUCGAAAACAAUAAAAAAUAACCUCAAAUA